UCAUUCAUUUCGUUCUACAUUUAUGUCUUGUUAGACUAAUUAAAAUUCUGGCCGGUGAGGUUAGUGAAUACUGAAUAUCUAUCAGUUGAAAGACUUGCUAUUUCUCUCGUAAUUUGUUCGUCCACAUCAUGUGAUUAUGAUAUGGAUCUUGAAAGCACAACGCAAGCCUCCGGUAGGUUGAAUGAAAAACUGAAGAAACUCUCCGGGGCAAAAUCAGAGUGCACAAUCUACAGAGUUCAUAGAAAUUUACGGAACGUGAAUCCCAAGGCUUACGAGCCCGAGGUGAUCGCCAUUGGUCCUUAUCAUCGCAACAAGGAUCACCUAAACAUGAUGGAAGAUCACAAGCUACGUUACCUGCAGCAGCUCAUCAAAAGGAAACCUUCCAACAAUGUCGAAAGCUACGCCGCAUGUGUGGGCACAUUGGAAGCGGAAGCACGAAAAUGUUACGCAGAUCAGCCUACAGGCCUAAGCUCAAGCGAGUUGAUAGAAAUGCUUGUAGUGGAUGGAUGCUUCAUCGUUGAGUUAUUGAGGAAGUUCGUGAUGGUGUUCGAGAGGGAGAGGAAUGAUCCGAUCUUCGAAAUGGACUGGAUGACCAACAGCCUGCAGCGCGAUUUAAUGCUCAUCGAGAAUCAAAUCCCCUUCUUCGUGUUGUGCGAGCUGUUCGACCUGAUUGAGACUCCCGGGCAGCAUAGCAGGUUGCGGUACCUUCUCCUGGAAUUCUUCGGCAGUCUGUAUCCUGGGGAAGGCUCCGGAGGAGAAGCGAGUGUAGGUCCUCGUGAGGUGAAGCAUUUGCUUCACUUCAUCCAUCGUAAUUGGAUUCCCUGCGGCACGGGCGGGAGGAAGAGACGGGAUAAGGGGUUGCAGUUCAUCAACAGCGCCGCGAGGCUCAAGGAGGCUAAUGUCAGGUUCGAGAGAUCCGAGCGAGCUGCGUUGUUCGACGUGGCGUUCGAAAACGGGGCGAUGAUCAUGGCGCCUCUGACCGUCGAGGACAGGACGGAGUCGUUCCUCCGGAAUCUCAUCGCGUACGAGCAGUACUUUGGGCACAAUUUCGUGACGGAUUAUGUCAAGUUCCUGGACUGCCUGGUUGAUUCCUCCAAGGACGUGGAGAUACUGUCGCGCAACGGAAUCCUGAAGAACUGGAUGGGCGAUGAGGAAGCGGUGGCGAAGAUGGUGAACAAGCUGGGUGAAUCGGUGGUAGGGCCCGGGACAAGCUUCAUGUAUGCGGAGAUGUUUGAGGAAGUGGAAAAGCAUUGCAGGAAAAACAGGAAUAGGUGGAUGGCCAAGUUGAGGCGUAACUAUUUAAGUAGUCCUUGGGUUAUAAUUUCUCUUCUUGUUGGUGCACUGCUGCUUCUGCUCGCACUCACGCAAACAUUGUUUACCAUAUUACAGGUGGUUUUGAAUAAGAAUUGAAGAGGGACUCACCAUUUCUGCUCUA